GUCUCAAUUUAGAGUGAGAGGGGGUAAUGGAGAUGGGUCUCAUCUUUUGGCAUCUCGUCGUGGCGGCGAUGAGCUUCACAGUGGUCGCCGUCGACGGUUUUGCGCCCUCCUGGUGGACGAAGGCCUCCGCGACGUUCUACGGUGGCAGCGACGCCUCGGGCACAAUGGGUGGAGCCUGCGGUUACGGUGAUCUGUACUCGGCCGGAUACGGAACUAGAACUGCAGCCCUAAGUACUGCACUAUUCAAUGACGGGGCUUCGUGCGGGCAGUGUUAUAAGAUCAUGUGCGACUACAAGUCGGACCCGCAGUGGUGCCUGAAGGGCACGUCGGUGACCAUCACGGCGACCAAUUUCUGCCCUCCGAACUACGCCCUCCCGAACGACGACGGCGGGUGGUGCAGCCCUCCUCGCCAGCACUUCGACAUGGCUCAGCCCGCCUGGGAGAAGAUUGGCAUCUAUCGCGGGGGGAUUGUACCUGUCAUAUACCAAAGGGUUCCAUGCAAGAAGCACGGCGGGGUGCGGUUCACGGUCAACGGGCGGGACUACUUUGAGCUGGUGCUCGUGACGAAUGUCGGCGGCGGCGGCUCGGUCCAGUCGAUGGACGUGAAAGGGUCGCGGACCGGGUGGAUGGCCAUGUCGCGCAACUGGGGCGCCAACUGGCAAUCGAACGCGUACCUGAACGGCCAGCCCCUCUCAUUCAGAGUCACCACCGCCGGCGGCCAAACUCUAGUGUUCCCGGACAUCGCCCCGUCGAAUUGGGCCUUCGGACAAACCUUCUCCAGCCCAUUACAAUUCAUCUAAAUGGGCCGGCCCAAUUAACAGUGGGCCCAAUUUACAGAUAUAAUUAAUAAGUUUUUUGCUUUUGGCAGAGGCCUGCUUUAAGAUUCGGUUAAAGUUGCCCGCCACCCUUCAUAUUAUUGUUAGGUAAGAAAUUUUUUAAAAAAAUGUUAUUG